GGGAGUUCAGGUGAAGGAGCUGGUGUUUGGCGUUGGAGCCGGAGCGGUUGCCAAGGGAACGAACGGCUGGUCUCGGCCCUGGUGGUGCUGAGGAGCCUGUGGAUUGCAAUGGACAUUACUAGGGGCAGUCUGGAUGAGAUAUCAUCUCCGGCAUCUGGUUCACAAUCGCGACUUGGGAGCAGAGUAGUAAGUAGUGUAUCACCCGACGGACGAAGACUGAACGUGCAGUCCACUGGAACUCUUACGGUGCUGACUCCUGAACCAAAUUUAUCCCAGGAACAGCCUAAUACUUUCGAAAAUUCGACCACCUCCAUGGAAUUCUUAAGUGAAUCCUUAUUUAAUUCUUCCUGCGAGAUUUUGGCUCAUGAAGGUGAUCUCUGCAAUGACCAGGAGGACAUGAAUACCGUGGAUGCUGACAUUGCAUAUCCUGGAAGAGGAUAUUUGCCUCAAGAGCAAAUUCAUUCAGAACAUCAGGCCCUGCUGACUUCAGUAAAGUCUGAAAAUCUUUCUACUCCAAAAGAUUCAGAAGAAGACUCCGAGGAUCAUUUGCAGCAGACACCGACAUUAAAAAAUGAAUCUGAUAAUUCUAAGCAAGAAGAUUUGUAUGACAAGUUUGGAGAUCCACAACUUCAAGAAGCAGUGCUGAAAAUGAAGAGAUUGGAUAAGUUAUUGAAAGAGAAGCAGGAAAAAGAAAAGGAAGUGAAUGAACAAGGACGAGUGCUGAGGAAAAAACUCUGGGAAGAACUGGAGGAAAAGAGUGAGAAAGAGGCCCAGAAGGCAGCACCCAACAGCAAUGCACAGUCUGGAAUGUCUCUUAAAGAAAAAGAUGCAUACUCUGAGGGAGUGGAAGACAGUCAUGAAGUGUCAGAAAAUGCACUCCGAUUCUUAGCUUUGACACCAUCUUACUCCAAAAAUAGCACAACUGGUGAAGAUCUGUCAGUUGGACCAAUAUUCCACACCCAACUCCCUUUGGAGGAAUAUGAACGGUGUAACAAAGAAGGAGGCCAAGAGUGCCAUAUCAGUGCUGAAGGAGUUCAAUUACUUCCAGAUAUCUCAGAAAAUACCCCGAACCAAGACGAAAGUAAGGAAAAAUCAUCUCCCAAAAAAGGCAGCCAAACGAGCAAAGAUUUUAUUAAAAAGAAUAUACAGUUGGCAAAGGAGGCCAGGAACCUGGUACUGCUGACCAGUGAUGAAAAGGAAAGGUUGGCAGAACUACUGAAGAAUGUGGACACUGAAAAUGAUAAUAGAUCAAGUAAUGAGGAAAGUUUAGAGCUCUGGGCAACAUCCAAGCCAGAACAAGAUGGAUACACAUCAGAACUCACAUAUCUACAGCAAUUGGAUGAGAUAAAUUCCAGACUUAAUAUGCUUGUUCCGGAUGAGAAUUUCUCUGUGACUGACAGCACACAGUCUGAAUACCAAAGCAAGAAUUCUCUACUGGAGGAGACUGCGACUCGAUUUCUAGAGGGUGAUGAAAUUAUUCAACAACUGCGGGAAGAACGGGAACAAAACCUGAAACUGAACAACAUUGAUGAACAACUUAAAAAUCUGCAGAAGGCAUCCCAAGAACAAGCUCUACAGUCUUACGGAACUCUAAAUCUAUCCCAAGUCCAGUUGAACUCCUUGCUGAAUGAUUGCAUCCGGUGGCAAAAUUUAUUGCAAGUGUCUGAAACUCCAGAAUUGGAGGAGAAUGUUUCCUACACUUCUGGUUUCCUAUGUUCUCCCGGAACAUCACCAUCUUCGUCUGUGUACAAUAAACCAAAGUUAUCAGAAUCUACUCUUUCUCAGCUUUUGGAGGAUGCACACAGUCCAAGGCUAUCUACAGUUCAUAGUGCAGUGGAAGGGGAGAAUGGAAAAAUGGGGGAAGAAAAGGAAGACCCCAGUUACUACCUCAGCAAAGCUCUGGCUAACAGCAGCAGUCUGAGAGAGAGAUUCAUGGCAAUUUCAUCAGCAGAUUAUGAUGGAAGAGAGAUGGAGGAGAAGCAGAUGUCUUGUGAUAAUGAAGAGUCCUACUUGACCAGGGCACUUGGGAUUAAACAAGUGAAGAAACCAUCUUUCCUGAAUGACCAAAACUAUUGCAGUGACACUGAUCAGGAGCCAACAACAGAUUCCAACAUUGCCGUCAUUCCACAGCCACUGCACAGAGAUACUGAGAAUGCAGCCGACAAUGAUGAAGAAAUAAAGGAAGUGAGAGAGUGAGUGAGUCGGAGGUAAUCCGAGAUGGAGUUCCAGAGGGUGGAGGCAAUAGAGAAGCCAUACCCAACAUUAACAUAGAACCAUAUAAAUAACAAUAAUCCUUUUUGAUAUAGCGCCUUAUCACUUUGUUGAGAUGUCUCAAAGCUCUUCACAGAAUAUAUUGUUGAUUGUAUUUUUGUGGGAGAAAUGGAUUUGUCAUCUAUGUGUUCAUGCAGGCUUUUUUUUUCCAGGAUUUAUAGUGAAGUUUAAAAAUAUUUCAUCCCAAGGAAAUAUUCCUUUUCCUUUCUUUUCUUUUUUUCAUUUUAUCUAAAACACGUUGAAUCUUCCAGGUUUCUGGAGAUUAAAAAUCAGAUUGAAACCUUUUUGCUUAGUUAUUUGUGUAAUACAGUAUGUACAUCAUAGACUAGGCUUGAUCUUUGGAAUAUCUCAAAUAAUUAACACUGGCUACAGCAAAUCCUGUGUUUUGAUGAUCUGGUUUUACUUGUUUUUUUACUUUUUCCAAUGACUCAAAGAAAAAGUGCACAACUUAAAUAAAAAUAAAAUCUAA